UUCUGAGCAUUGCAGACUGCUCUCACAUGACUGACCUGCUGCAACCACGUAUACAAUACAAGACAAAAUAAAGGCCAACGCUCUAACUUUCUUUCUCUCUUUACUCUUCUUUUCUCUCCCUUGGUAAAAAAGCUUACCCCUCCCCAUCUCCCUCUCUGUUCACUCUGUCACGCUCCAUUUUCAGUACUUCCCAUUAACCCUAAAGCCUCCACUCUUUCUCUCUCUCUCACUCAAAAAAUAUCCCUCCUGUUUUUAUUAUUUCUUGUUUUAUUUUACCCAUCUACUCUAAAAACCCAUUCUUAAAAUUUGUGUUUUUCUAUUCUGGCUCUCCCAACAAUGGAAGCUUUUAGCUUGCUUAAGUAUUGGAGGGGUGGUGGUGGUGGUGGUUUAGGUGGUGCUGCCGGCGGAGGUGGAAGUAAUGCUUGUGGUAAUGCACGUUCCGCUGCUACUGCCGGUGGUACAACUACGAUUGUGACGGCGGUGACUACUCAUCAGGCGGUGGAUACGGAUGAUGACGAUGACGAUGAUGGGCCUUUCUUUGACUUAGAAUUUGCGGUUCCUGAUGAGGACGAGACAGAGGAAAACGAAGAGAUUGGUAAAGAAGAAGAUAAUGUUGAAGAUGAAGAAAGUGAGGAUCAAAUUGACGACUUUGACGCAAAAUCUGAUGAUGGCUGCUCGGAUGGUGAAAGAGAGUUCAAUUUCACACUUUCCUCUGGCUCUAGCAACGACCGUUCUGAUCCAAACUUAACUCUAUCUCCUUCUGAUGAUUUGUUCUUUAAAGGAAGACUCGUACCCAUUGAGCCAAACUCUUCUUUAGACUCAAAGCCUCCUCAAUUCCCUGUCUCGUUGUUGAAAUCAGCCACAAAGUUUCGAGUUUUCUUGUUAAGGUUCAAGAAAUCAAAGCUCAACUCAACUGAAAAAACAGAGUCGGCUUCAGCUAAUGGCUCUGUUUCUGUCCCGACUGCUACACCGAAAAAACAAGAUACAACUCAAGAAGAAAACAACAACAACAACAACAACAAUAACAAGAACAAGUUUUUUACAGUGAAAUUUAAGGUCGAAGAGGUUCCUAUAAUGUCUUUGUUUUCCAGAGACAAUAGUAAGUCACAGAAACAGCAGAGCUCUGAAGACUCUGUUUCUGAUGAAAAGAAAUUCUCCAAAGAUGUAAUGCAAAAAUAUUUAAAGAAAGUUAAGCCACUUUACGUAAGGGUUUCAAGAAGGUACGGUGAGAAGUUAAGAUUUUCAGGGCAGUUAAGCUUGAGUUCUUUGAAACCUGCAACGCCACCGUCUACAGCGGCGCAGAAAUCGGUUUCAGGGAAGGUAACAACGACGGAGAAGGGACAGGUGGAGGUAGAGGUUGGGGAGAGUCAGGUGAAUGGUAAGAACCUCAAGCAGGUGAAUAUCCCAGCUGGACUUAGAGUGGUCUGUAAGCAUUUGGGAAAGAGUAGAUCGGCUUCCUCCGCCGUGGCGGCCGCUCCUCCUGUGCCAGCUUUGUCGCAGAGGAGAGAUGAUUCUCUGUUGCAGCAACAGGAUGGGAUCCAAAGCGCCAUCUUGCAUUGCAAAAGAUCCUUUAAUGGCUCUCGAGAUUCUUCAGAGUCUUCCGUGUUGCCAAGGUCUGUGAGUGACCCAUCUCAUGAGAAGUCAAUUAAUUUGUCAAGAAAAUCAACACCAGAUGAAGCUAAAGUCUGAAUGCUGGGAAUUAGAAAAUUCCUGUCUCUAUAAGUUCUUAAGAUCAACUCCCCCCAAAAAAAAUGAAAAAAAAGCGGGAAAAUUUGUCCUUUUAUCAGUGAAUCAAUCAUGUGAUUGAUAUUUCAGGACUAGGAAACGAGUUUUCACCUGUCUGUUAAUUCAGCAGCUUAAUUGAUUAUCUCUGUGUAAAUGUUUUUGUUGUCUAGAUAAUUAAUUUUUACUAGUACUUAGUAUUAAUUAGUUAAGAGGGAAAAAAGAGCAGUAGCUGAUUUGUGGAAGAUGACUGGUUACUGGUUACUCGUAGCUAGUUAGACUCUUCUGCUUUCCCUCUCCCUCUCCCACUCCCUCUCUCCUACUGUAUGUAAAGCUCCUCUUUCUGUGAAAGUGAAAGAAGAAUCAGAUCUUUGUAUCUAUCUUAAAAAAUAUGAAGUAUGAAGGCUCCAUCAUUAUCAGCAAA